UUAGGCCCGUCCCCAAUGCGCGCAUGUCUAUCUCCACUACAACUUUUUUUUCUGGCUCCCAGAUCACGAAUUCGACAUCGAGUCUACCGCAACCCUCUGCACCUAUUGACUUCUGACCACCAACGUCCCGCGUCUACCCUCCUUUAGCAGGUUUUCUUCUUUUUCUUUGUCGCUUUCGACAGCGUCUCCGCGCAAGCUUUUGAGACAUACUGUUCGAUAAAAGGCGCCGAGGUACAACCGUCGCAGUUUCCUUCCCCCGUGCCUUCACAUCGCGACCUCGAAGUAUUUCGGACCACAUCGUAGCGUGCGCUGCCAUAAGUGCGUGAGCAGGCUGCCAUCAUGUCACCUCCUGCGGUGGCUCCUGUCGGCCUAGGUGCUGCAGGAAAAGAGUACAAGAGAGAAUCCGGCGUCGCAAGACUGCUAGGAUCAGGCUCUGCUGGAGUGGCCGAACUUAUGGUCUUUCACCCGGUCGACACCAUCGCCAAAAGAUUGAUGAGCAAUACUGGCAGGGUAACUUCAGCCUCUGCACUGAACACUGUCAUCUUCAGAGACACUGCCAACGCACCUGCCCUCAAAAAAUUCACAUCUCUGUUUCCCGGUCUAGGUUAUGCCGCAGGCUACAAGAUCCUGCAGCGGAUAUACAAGUACGGAGGACAGCCAUUCGUGCGAGACUACUUGACCCAACACCAUGCAAUGGAAUUCGAGAACACCUUUGGCAAGGGAACCGGCAAAGCCAUCCUUAAUGCAACAGCUGGAUCAUUGAUCGGAAUUGGAGAAAUCGUCCUACUACCACUCGAUGUCCUCAAGAUCAAGCGUCAGACCAACCCCGAAGCUUUCCGGUCGCGAGGAUUUUUGAAAAUUGUUUCGGACGAAGGUAUGGGACUGUACCGCGGUGCAGGUUGGACAGCCGCACGUAACGCCCCGGGCUCAUUCGCACUCUUUGGAGGAUCCGCAUGGGCAAAGGAGAAGCUCUUCAAGUUGGAGGACUACAACAAAGCCACCUGGGGACAGAACUUUGUCGCCUCAGUUGCCGGCGCUUCAGCAAGUUUGCUUGUCUCUGCGCCUCUCGACGUGAUCAAGACUCGAAUUCAGAACCGAAACUUUGAUAACCCCGAGUCUGGCUUCCGGAUCAUCUCGAGCAUGAUGCGAAAUGAGGGUUUCACGAGUUUCUUCAAGGGUCUUGUCCCAAAGAUGCUCAUGACCGGACCGAAACUGGUCUUCAGUUUCUGGCUUGCACAAACCCUGAUUCCGGCAUUCGGCAAAGUCGUGUAAAGAGAUCGAUCUUUGGGGGAGAUCUCCUUGACAAAUCGACACGAGCUAUCUGCGCAUGUUCAUCUAAGCAGAAGAUGAUAGUGACAGCGUUUCCAGAUCCAUCUUGCCAACGCCUCUGUUGACCAUCGAACUCCAGAGAUACGGUUUCAGCUAUGUGGCACCACGAGCUACGAACCCGACGAGUCUGCGCGUGUCAAGUGUACUAGAGAAAGAACGGCGAGAUUUCUUUUUCAAGACUUUGGUUCUUGUUCUGAGAUGCGCGGCGUUCUGUGGCAUGCACAUUUUGCUGAGGCUUGGGUUCCAAAGACGCCACCGAUGUUGGCCAUCUGCGGAUGUCACGAUCAUGGGACUUCUGUGUGCCCAAAAAAGAGUAAUCAGGAAAUUCAGGACAUAUGGUAGCAAAUUCUACUCUUCACU